AUACAGUAUCACGACUCCAUGCCGAGGCAAUUCGUCUGUGAACGAUCGACGUCGACGAGCAGUCGUACUACGAAUCUCUCUCAGUAACCACCCAGUAACCAGCACUCCUCGUUCGCAGUGCCCCUACAAAGAAAAUCACCUAUCGCGUUUGCCAUGGCGCUGGGAAGACUCCUUCACUAUACGCUCGACGCAGUAUUGCUGUCGACGGUGCUAGCAGGCGUACGGAGGUCCAGUGGUUUUACCCCCAAUACCUCAGCGAUUACCGAGCCAACACUGCGUUCAGUGGCUGAUACGUUCCUCAGCACUGGCGAGACAAUAUUCGAUCUCAUUCAGAUGAAGUCGAUGAAUACCGAGUACUUUAAGAAAGACUCGAAGACCGGGUCGAGGAGCGGAUAAUGAUGGUCUAGGAUGGAUGUAUGCGUGAUGUGAUGUCGACACUGUAUCUCUGUACCACGACCCCCAUUCCAACGGAACAAAUGCUUAUAUUCGCGAGCAGUGGCAGGAUGAAAUAUUCUUUAUCGAUAUACCAGAUAUGUUUACCAUUGAUCUUUGUACAAACAAAGUGGCACCGACAUCCUGUG